AUGUUUGCCCGCGAAGAACCGCUUGCUGAGGUCAUGAACAAGUUUUGGGAGACUGAAGAUGUCCAAAUAAAUGCGAAACUCUUAUCACCUGAAGAUGAACUCUGUGAACAGCUCUAUGAGUCCACUACCUACCGCAAUGAUGGCAGAUAUGUAGUCGCACUCCCCUUCAAGCCUAGCGCGCCUGUUCUUGUUUCAAACCGCAAGCAAGCUUAUCGAAGUCACCUUGGAUUAUUAAAACGCUUGGAAAAUUCUUCGGAACUAAAGAAGAAAUACGACAACUUCAUGACAGAAUAUCAUGAGCUUAGCCAUUUGGAACUUGCCAAAUCCACUUCUGACUAUGUGAUUCCACACCAUGCAGUUUUUAAAAAUAAGGACCCCACUCAGAAAAUCAGGGUGGUGUUUAAUGCUUCCAGCAAGGAUACCAAUGGGCAUUCACUAAAUGAGAAUUUGUUACCAGGGCCAAAACUGCAGUCCAAUAUUAUUCAAGUAUUGACCAAAUUCCGCACUUACAAGUACAUUGUCCUUUCUGAUUGCAAGCAGAUGUAUCGCCAGAUUUUGUUAAGGCCUGAAGACUGCCGUCACCAACAUGUUUUUUUGGAAACCUAA